GCGGCUGGAUUACAGAGGGGGGGGGGGGCAAAUUGCGCGCUUAUCUUAAUUGGAGCCGUGUGGCAUCGCAGUGUGGCCAUGGCGGAGCGGCAGGCGCGCCACGCAUCAAACUCGAUCGAGGUGACAGAAUUGACGGAGUAUUUACAGAAAAGAAACGACUUGUCGGGCGCAAGCGUCCUACAUAUCAGCGAGCAUUGUGAUGGCGACGGCGAUGGGUUGUGCGUCGACACCUCGGAAAUUCGUAUCAAGUCCAGCGCAGCCCGCGCUUCUGCCGGCAGCGGAGACAGCGAGGAUGACCUGUGGUUCGAGGAGUCCAUCCGGGCCACGGCGCUGCAGGUGUUCGUGCCGUUUUUGGCGGCCGGCUUCGGCACGGUGGGCGCGGGGCUGCUGCUGGACAUGGUGCAGCACUGGCCCGUCUUCCAGAACGUCACCGAGCUGUUCAUCCUGGUGCCUGCACUUCUGGGCCUCAAGGGAAACCUCGAGAUGACCAUGGCGGCUCGUAUGUCUACACAGGCCAACCUGGGCAACAUGGACACGCUGCGCGAGCAGUGGAAGUCGGCAAGCGGCAACAUGGCGCUGGUGCAGUGCCAGGCCACGGUGGUGUCGCUGCUGGCGUCGCUAUUCGCCGUCAUGAUGGGCUUUAUCACGGAGCGCCGCUUCGACAUGAGAAACGCGCUCAUGCUGUGCGCCAGCAGCUUGGUCACGGCGAGUGUUGCCAGCCUGGUGCUCGGUUCGGUCAUGAUCGGCGUUGUCAUCCUGUCACGCAAGCACCACAUCAACCCGGACAACGUGGCCAUUCCCGUGGCUGCUUCCCUCGGAGACUUGACAACGCUGGCGCUUCUCGCCGGCGCUGGAUCGCUGCUUUUCGGCGGCACCGAGGACGUGCGCCUGUACCUGUGCGUGGUCAUCUUCUUCCUGCUGUUCAUCCCACUCUGGGUGCUCAUAGCGCGCAGCAACACGUACACUUCGUCCGUGCUGUGGAGCGGCUGGAUACCAAUAAUCUCGGCCAUGGCCAUCUCAAGCCUCGGCGGUUCCAUACUGGAUAUGACGGUACCGACGUUCGAGAAUCUGGCCGUUUUCCAGCCAGUCAUCAGCGGUGUGGCGGGGAACCUUGUGGCGAUCCAGACGAGCCGUCUGUCCACCUACCUGCACCAGCGCACCAAGAUUGGCGCCCGCCCGAUUGAGGCCGGAGGCGGCAUCUGCCUCGACCCCUGCUCGGCCUUCUUCGGCAAGGGCCGCAACGCACGUGCAGCCCGCGUCCUCAUGAUGAUGGUCCUCCCUGGUCACCUGGUCUUCACCUACACCAUCAGCUUCGUGCGGCCCAGCCGCAUGGCCGUCACGCCCGUCUUCCUGCUCGUCUACUUUUCGUCGGCGCUGCUCCAGGUGUUCAUGCUGUUGUACCUGUCGCGGUGCAUGGUGUACUGGAUGUGGGCCCGCCAGAUCGACCCGGAUAACGCGGCCAUCCCGUACUUGACCGCGCUGGGAGACCUGCUGGGAAUCGGCCUGCUCGCCCUGUCCUUUCACCUGCUGCGUGCUUUGGGAGACGCCAAUGCCAUGCCGCAGCAGCUCGCUUAACACGCAGUUUUUGACGGAACCGACCGACGCAGCACUGGCAACGGACGGUGGCUGAUGCGGUCCGGUGGAGUGGACGCUGUCGCGAACUCAGAGGAAUAGUGUUUACACCCCGUAACUCUUCUCUCGCAACACAUAUACGCGAAUCUCUACCUUAUAUUUCAGCCAUUCCCGGUGAAGCACUUUUCGGGAGAGAUGUAUGGAGAAUAGACAUCUUUGCUAAGUAUCUUGUCAGAUGGGCGUGCGGAAUUUGUAGACGAACGAAGGGAACAGUGUGAAAGAGGACAGAGAAAGAAUCACCUGAAUGCAGUGCUACUUACCGCUGCAAGAGCGAAACUAGCUAGGAUACU